AUGACCUCCAAGCCCUCCGACGUUCCCUCCUUCAGCCAGGUCGCGUGCGUUGGCGCCGGACUAUCAGCCGUCGCCCUGGGCGCAACGUUGAAGAGAUGGUACGACCUAGAAGACAUCCAGUUCUUUGAAAGACAUCCCACGAGCGGUGGGACAUGGUACAUCAACACCUAUCCAGGAUGCGGCUGUGAUGUCCCGAGUGCUCUCUACAGUUUCUCCUUCGCCCCGAACCCCAACUGGACGAAGCUCAUGCCGUCGAACAAGGAAAUCAAAGAGUAUAUCGAUAAUGUGGUGCAUACCUACAAUCUUCUGCCAAAGAUGACUUUCGGGACGGAAGUUGUCCGCAGUGUUUGGCGAGAAGAUGCAAACCGCUGGCUUCUCUAUUUGCGCGACCUAAAUACUGGACACGAAUACACCCAUGAAUGUCAGAUUCUCUUCGCAGCCACAGGACAGCUUGUCGAGCCGCGCCCGUGUGAAAUUCCCGGCGCGUCUGACUUCAAGGGGCGAAUCUUCCAUUCAGCGCGGUGGGACCACAACGUGAACCUGGAGGGGAAAAACGUUGUAGUCAUAGGAAACGGGUGUACUGCCGCGCAGAUAGUUCCAGCACUGGUCAAUGAAGGGAAGAUCAAGUCGCUUGCGCAGAUUGUGCGUUCAAAGCACUGGAUAUUCCCAGCCCCGAACUUUACCUACCCUCGGCUUCUGCAGUGGAUCUUUCGCUAUGUUCCAUUAGCUAUGAAACUGCAUAGAUUUCACAUUUUCUUGAUUGCUGAGAAUGACUUUCGUCUGUUUCCUAUGACCAAAGGCGCGGCCAGACUCAGGGAGACGCGACGCAAGCAGGUGGAAAAGUACAUGCGCGAGGCCGGUCCAGAAAAAUACCACGACCUCCUCAUCCCAGACUUUGAUGUAGGAUGCAAAAGGCGAAUCUUCGACCCUGGCUACCUUGACUCUCUCCACAGUGACAAGAUCCUCCUAACCGACGCGAAAACCGAGAAAAUCACCGCGGACGGAAUCGAGACAGACAAAGGCUUUAUUCCAGCGGACGUGAUUAUCCUCGCCACUGGGUUCCAGACCAACAAGUUCAUCCCCUACAUGGAUGUGGUUGGACGCACCGGCCAGAAUGUCUCACAGCACUGGUCGAAGUAUGAUGGCCCGGCUGCCUACAACUGCUCUGUGCUGAGUGGGUUCCCCAACUUCUUCAUGCUCUUAGGCCCCAAUGCUGCAACCGGGCACACAUCCGCCAUGAUGGCUGCAGAGAACUCCAUAAAUUACGCGCUCCGUGUCCUAAAACCGGUUUUAGAUGGGGACGCCAGUUCGGUCGAAAUAAAGGCUAAGGCUGAGCACGACUACGUUUACUGGGUGCAGGACGCAUUGAGUAAACGUGUUUGGAACGCAGGCUGCAUAUCGUGGUAUCUCAAUGGUAAGAAAUGGAACUCCAUGGCCUACCCCUGGACGCAGGGUCACUACUGGUGGAGGAGUCUGUUUCCUACAUGGUCGGACUGGAAUGUCAAGAAGGUGAAGAAGCCACGCACCAGUUCACUAUCCAGGGUCUUCUGGUUUUUGGCUGUUCUAUGCGUUGGGAUUGUAGGAGCAACACAGUCCAAUGCCACUAGCAAUAUCUCUCUUUCGCAUAUCAGAGGCUACUUGGUCAUGACGCUCUCCAGACUGACCAGCAGAUAG